AUGGCAACAAAUGAUGAGCCUUCAGAGAGUGCAGCCCCAACAUCAGAGAGCACAUUCAUGACCGCCAGUGGACGGGCCGUGCCUGUGGAUGCCCAGCACCUCAACGAAGUUCGCACACUCUUGGAAACAUGUGAGGCUCAAGCCAGCACACUUUCCUGGACCGGCGGUGACGAUUCCGCUGUACCCGAACAGGCUCUGCAAAUGCCCAUUGGCAAGCACUUGGCAUGUCCGACAGCUGAUGGUCACCCACCCCAUCAGGCAGGCGAGCACAGCACUGACGGCAUUGGGCUUGCUUGCAAGUCCUCCGCCAUCGAUGACCAGCGCCACAACACUGCACCUGCUGCAAUGAGCCAGGAAGGCAAACCACUUGGCAAGUUCAUGACCGCUGGCGGACGAGCUGUUGCAGUGGACACCGGGCAUCUGAAAGAAGCCCAGGCUUUGCUUGAGCAAUGCGAGGUUCAAGCCAACAUACUUCCAUGCAUAGAUGCUGAUGAUUUGCCGAUUCUCGAGCCGGCCACUUCACAGCUGCCUUCUGAUAAACACUGCGUAUGUCAAGGUCGCGACCUGUUGGAAAUCUUGAAUCCGCCACAUGACCCAAACCAGCAAGGCAAUCCACUAGGAAAGCUCAUGACAGCUGGCGGGCGAGCAGUCGCAGUGGAUACCGGGCGUCUGAAGGAAGCGCAGGCUUUGUUGGAGCCAUGUGAAGUUCAGGCCAGCUCACUUCCUUGGACGGGCAGUGAAGAUUCGGCGGUACCCGAACCGGCCGCUCUGCAAAUGCCCUGUGGCAAGCACUCGGCAUGUCCGACGACGGGCGGUUUGCUAGAGCUGUUGAACCCGCCGCAUCAGGUAGGCCGGAACGGCACUGAUGGCAUUGGGCUUGCUUGCAAUACCUCCAACGUCGAUGACCAGCGCCACAGCGGUGCACCUGCGGCAAUGAGCCAGGAAGGCAAACCACUUGGCAAGUUCAUGACGGCUGGUGGACGAGCAGUUGCAGUGGAUACCGGGCGUCUGAAGGAAGCGCAGGCUUUGUUGGUGCCAUGUGAGGUUCAGGCCAGCUCACUUCCUUGGACGGGCAGUGAAGAUUCGGCGGUACCCGAACCGGCCGCUCUGCAUAUGCCCCAUGGCAAGCACUCGGCAUGUCCGACGACGGGCGGUUUGCUAGAGAUGUUGAACCCGCCGCAUCAGGUAGGCCGGAACAGCACUGAUGGCAUUGGGCUUGCUUGCAAUACCUCCGCCGUCGAUGACCAGCGCCACAGCGCUGCACCUGCGGCAAUGAGCCAGGAAGGCAAACCACUUGGCAAGUUCAUGAUGGCUGGUGGACGAGCUGUUGCAGUGGAUACCGGGCGUCUGAUGGAAGCGCAGGCUUUGUUUGAGCCAUGUGAGGUUCAGGCCAGCUCACUUCCUUGGACGGGCAGUGAAGAUUCGGCGGUACCCGAACCCUACACUGCUUCAGGUAAAGCCCUGCAAGGUUGGGCAAUUGAGGAGGAGCAGGCAGUAGCCAAGGUGCAAGAAGUCUCGACAUGCACAGGAAGUUUGGAAAGAGCCCAGACCCCUCUGGGCUCACAGAGUGCUGGCGGGGUCUCGCCCUCCAAACCGGCACCUUGCGGCAUUGAAAAGCUGGAAUCACCUUGCCCAGAUCGCCAUCGCAAGAGGCCCUGCAUCCUAAGCAACUCUCCCCUCCUUCAGCUCGCGGGUGGUCUUGACGAUCCCUGUGGCAAUGCAGGGGUGCCCUGUUUUGGCCAACGUCACUUUUCAGGCGACAUGCUUGGAUCAACCUGGCGAGAAGACUUGGAACUCACUCAGCCAACGAUAGAUGUUUCUCUGCUGGAUUGGAUUUCCGAGGAAGAUCCUCCGGGUAUUGCCCAAGGUUUUGCGAUCCCGCAAGUUUGCACUGAGAACUCAGCCAGGUAUGACAACAGGUGGUUGCGCACCCAACUGGCGCAGCUGUGUCUUCUGUCAGCGCGAGCCACGCGCAUCAUUUCGAGCAACAGCGAGUCGAUUUCCGAGCGCCUGGCGAAGCGAGCCCGAGCCGAGAUAUCAGGCAGAAGGUCCGCCAUCUUCCAGAUUUGUGCCGGCCUGGCUCCAGCAGACCAGCACAUGGUAUUAUUGUGUACUGCAGCUGUGUCGGAGAUGUGCCAUGCAGGUGCCAGAAAGCACCGGCGCGUCGCCUACUCACAAGAAGAUGCCUGGGUCGAGCUGAGCGAUGGCUGGUACUUCAUCAAGGCCAGCUUGGAUGCGGAGUUGAAUGAGCGUGUCCGCCGACGUCAGAUUCGCCCAGGAAGGUGUCUACACAUUUGCAUGGCCAGCGCCGUGAACUUCCCUGCUGAUGGAUGUGACCCUUUGCAGCUGCCAAAGGAGACGAGGCUCCAUUUGAGAGCAUGUGGCUGCCGCCCAGCCUCUUCCCAGUUUCGUCUUGGCUUUCAGCGGGGCUGGUUCCCUCCAGCCAAGAUCAACCAGCUUCACGGACUGGUGCUUAUUCCUAGUCUGGAUGUGGUCGUGGUGCGCAUCUUGCCUCCAGUCCUACGACACUGGAAAAAGGUUCAACGAGAAGAGGGCGUCACGUACCAUCUCGAAGAGAGAAGUAUAUCACAAGAGCAGCAUCAAUGGGAGGAGGAGCAAGCACGGGGCGAAAGUUACAAGGACAUGGAUCCCAGCAAUCUGCAGCUCCAGGUCAUUGCCAUAGAUGCUCAAGCACUUUCUCGUCCUGGGAGCGCUUGGUGGACAUCCAUGGCAAUGUUGACUUUAUCAGGAAGCCCAUUCCUGGGGGAGGACCCUUUGAGGCCACUGGAUCGUCUUCGCAUAAGCAGUCUGAGGAAGCCAGCUCGCGACGACGAAGCAUGCAGUCUGAAGCGAAUCUACUGCAACAGGAACACGCGGCUGCAGCACCAUGCUGGCACAAUGUCCACGCCACUGAAGUCACCAUUGACGUCCCCAUUCUGCAGAGGCCCGCCUCUCUUCACGAGUCCUCAACCGGCACCAGCCAGCCAUUUCAGGGGCUUUUUCUGCGAUUUGAUUGGGGUGGCAAUUCAGGCAUCUAAGCUGAGACGAACCACUGGUGGUCGCCAGACCUGCAGUCUCUACCUGCUCACACCAGCGCUGAAGGUUUGUCAGAUAGUCGUGCAGCAGGCGUCCGGCAAAGGCUUCGAGGUGGAGCAUGAGCGUCGCCUCGCUGACAUCCGAACGUGUUGGAAUGGGCUUUCCAAAGAGGCUUUUGCUGCGGCACAACAGGCAAGGCUGCCAACACCAGUGGCGGUACAGCAUGUAAGAUUCGAGCAAGAUCCCCAUGGGCAUGUGGCCUACUUCAGCAGCAGCGCACUUCAAAUCCUCAUAUCAUGUCGCCCUCACGAUGUUGAGCUUCGGCACACACUAGACUUUUGCUUCGUGUCUCCAGCAGAUCUUCUGAGAGCUCACAGCUCUUGCCAAGCCGAUCUGUUGUAG